AUGCAGCUCUAUCGCUCUAUAAGUGGUUCCGUCUCCAAGACAUGGAAUUCUAUCAACCCGGCCACCCUUAGCGGGGCUAUUGAUGUCAUUGUCAUAGAGCAAGAAGAUGGCACCCUCGCUUGUUCGCCCUUUCAUGUUCGGUUUGGCAAGUUUUCGCUCUUACGUCCAUUCGAGAAGAAGGUGGAGUUCAAGGUGAAUGAUAUCAAACAAGAAUAUGCCAUGAAACUGGGAGAGGCGGGCGAGGCAUUCUUUGUCUUUGAAACGACCGAUGACAUCCCCGCAUCCUUGCAGACCUCGCCGUUGGUAUCCCCAGCAGCCAGCCCGAGAGCCCAGAGCGAGCCGGAUCUUCCCCCUUCGCUGCAGGAACCGGAUUACCUUGACCUCGACAAAGGAAACGGGGAUGCGUUGUCAGAAGGCGCAAAGACUCCUCCGCCGAUGGCGAUGCCAUCGAACCAGCUACGGGCAAACACGGAUUUAGGGACAAUAACACCCUUAUCGCGAUCUCCCGACGACUCUGACGUGACUCGUCCACGGCACGACUCCUUGAGCGCUAAACCGCUACUUGAUCACACACUGUCGGAUAAUGUGCUUUCGACCCGUCCUCCUAUACUCUCUCUGUCCAAACAUUCUGCAAAUGGGAACGAUGAAUCACAUGGUAUCGAGGGCAAAACAGACAACCGCUCUCGCAGCCCGCCUCUCUCCCCCCAGGAAGCGGUGUCUCGUGCCAUUUCGCUGUCAAAGAAGCUGUCUGGUUCCAAUAUUCCAUCACAUGUCACCGAGACUGGAGAUUUGAUGUUAGAUAUGACCGGGUAUAAAAGUAACGAAGAAGACGCCCUUCGCGCAGAGGUUGUUGCGCGCAAGAUUCUUGCAGAAGAGCUUGAAGGAAGCUAUGACAUCGGUGCACUGAUCGGAGCUGAUGAACACGGCAAUCUAUGGAUCUACAGCAGCGAAGAGUCAAAGGAACUGGCUGAUCGGAGAGCCACUCUCAACUCGAUGCGGCCAAACAUGGGGAUGAACGAUGAUGCUCUCUCCGACCCGGGAUACCACAGCGAAGGCGAACACGCUGUCUCAGAGCCAUCAUUGACUACACGCCAUCACCGAACUAAAUCAGAUGUCCAACCUGGAUUUCCCACACCUCCUCAAUCACCCUUGCAUGAUUAUUUCCCCGUCGAAACCCGGAACUACGCUAAGACGCUCCGCUUGACAAGUGAUCAACUUAAGGCCUUGCAGCUGAAGCCCGGCGCCAACACAAUGUCUUUCAGCGUCAACAGAGCGAUUUGUGAAGCAAACAUGUAUUUGUGGAAUGGCAAUACCCCGAUCGUGAUUUCUGAUAUUGAUGGAACUAUCACCAAGUCGGAUGCGUUGGGUCAUGUUCUCAAUAUGAUCGGACGCGAUUGGACACAUGCAGGAGUCGCCAAGCUGUACACUGACAUUGUCAACAAUGGGUACAAUAUCAUGUAUCUUACGAGUCGGUCUGUAGGCCAGACAGAUACCACACGGGCCUAUCUUAACGGCAUCUGCCAAGAUGGAUACAGACUACCAAAAGGCCCAGUGAUUUGCAGCCCCGAUCGCACGAUGGCCGCUCUGCGGCGGGAGAUCUACCUAAGGAAACCCGAAGUUUUCAAGAUGGCAUGCCUGCGGGAUAUUCUCAACCUCUUCUGCGGUAAAGAGAACCCCUUCUAUGCUGGCUUCGGAAAUCGAUUGACAGACGCAUUGAGUUAUCGUUCUGUGAACAUUCCGUCUACUCGGAUUUUCACAAUCAAUUCCAACGCUGAAGUGUCUCUGGAUUUGCUUAGUCUCAACAAGUACAAGAGCAGCUAUGUGACUAUGCAAGAGCUGCUCGACCAUUUCUUUCCACCAACCAGCCUCCUUGUGCACGACGGUGGCGAGGAAUAUACGGACUUUACAUACUGGAGAAACACACCGCAUGAGCUCGAAGACUUCUCGACGACAGACAGCGAGGAUGAGGAUGAGGAUGAGGAUGAAGAUGAAGACGAAGACGAAGACGAAGACGACGAAGAUGCCGACGAAGACCUGGCUGAAGAGGAUGAAGAGGACGAAGAUGAAGAGUACGAUGAAGAGUUGAGCGAGGGUGAAGGCAGCGAGUACCUUGACGACGUUGAGUUGGCCGAGGAGGAUCUCGGCGCAAGUUACAUGUCGCAGGACUCGGUUGCCUUGUCCAACCCAGCAGGCUCAAUAAUCGAAUCAGUAGAAGGGAAUCUCAUUGUCGAAGAGGGGGCUAUUGGUGAAGAGGAACUGUCUCCCAUUGCCGAGAAACCACAAGAAGCAGCCGAGCCAAGCACAACCUCUCUUCCCAUCCGGUCCAAGAUACCCCAGAAUCUUUGA